AUGGUCCUCAAGAACUUCGAAGAAGUACCAGGCCUCCAGGAGAAGUGGGAGAGCGAGAACAUGAUGGGCCGACUGGCGCAGACAACUGAGUUCAAGGGCGCGGCGUUAUUCCUUCUAAACAACGCGAGCAGCUUUAUGGCGGGCAGCAAUCUCAGAGACGCCCACUCAUGGCCCCAUAUCGCAGCCCCUGGUUCCUUGGCUAGCUUGUUGAUGAGCAAAGCGACGUGGGAGCAAUGGAAGCUAGAAAUCAGGAGUAGCCAACUGAGGCUUCUCAAUGGGAAGUUUAUUAGUCAAAAGUCGGUGAUCGGGCCUGGGCUGAAAGUGAGCCGGCGAAUCGAGCCUGCUUGA